UUCUUACGGUCGCCUCUUUGGUGUCGUCUCGUUCCUCCUCCUCUUUUUUCAAGUCUCCCUCCCUCUUCCCAAUCAUCUUCGAUUCCUUGGGUGAUUCUCUGGGGCUUGUUUUGGUGACUCGGGAUUACUGGGCAGGGAUGGGGGAUUCCGUGAACAGGGUUCUGUUGACCUCCGCCGGCGAUGAGAUCUCUAAGGGCAUCGCUUACCACUUGGCCAAAGCCGGUUGCAGGUUAGUUUUGAUGGGCGAUAAAAACCAACUUCAGAAAAUGGUGGGGGAUAUGGCGAGCUCUUUCAAGGAGGUCAAUGCAUUCAAAAUUGUUGGUUUGAAUAUGGAAGAAGAUCUUGAGGCUGUCUUUGAUGAGGCAGUGGAUUUGGCAUGGAAGCUAUUAGGGACACUUGAUGCUUUCGUUAAUUGUUGUGCUUAUGAAGGGAAAAUGCAAGGAUGUCUAGACGUGACUGAACAUGAGUAUAAAAAGACAAUAAAAAUUAAUUUCAUGGCUCCAUGGUUUCUGCUAAAAGCAGUUGCAAAACGAAUGCGGGAUAAUAAAACAGGAGGAUCCAAAGUAUUCAUAUCCCAGAUAUUAGGCGCUGAAAGAGGCUUGUAUCCAGGUGCUGCUGCUUAUGGUUCAAGUUUGGCUGGUGUGCAACAAUUGGUUCGACUAUCAGCAACGGAGAUUGGUAAGCACAAAAUAAGAGUCAAUGCAGUUGCCCGUGGUCUUCAAUUGGAUGACGAGUAUCCUCGUGCAAUGGGGAAGGAGAAGGCGGAGAAGUCCAUAGCGGAUAUCAUGCCGUUGUUGCGAUGGCUCGAUCCGAAGAAUGAUGUUGCUUCUACCGUAACGUACAUGGUGGGAGAUGAUUGCCGUUACAUGACUGGCACUACCAUUUUCGUUGAUGGAGCUCAAUCCAUUGUCAGGCCUAGGAUGCGUGCUUACAUGUAAUGCAAUGGCCUUUUUUGUUUUUUUUUUUUUCUGAAUGCAAUUCGGUAUAAUCAACUGGCAUGAGUAGUACUCUUAUUGUGACAAUGAGAGACCUACCCGAGUUAGAGUAGGAUGAUGCUUCUUGAAGCAUAGCAACGAUUAAUGAUAAUAAGCUUAAUCAAUCGAGUCGUGAGGAGGUUUCUUUGUUAAGAUUACAGAUUAACUUUUGGGCUUAUUACUCCCAAGAUUUC